GAAAUAUUUCAAGAAGCACCAAAAAUAAAUAAAGGCUAAGAAUAUCGAAGCAGUACUUCAUUACCUUAUCUAGCACAGGUACCAGUAAUUCGAAAUCCCAAACAAAAUGAAGAGGAUUUUGCCGUUGGGAAGACAUUUGUCACACAGUAGACUAUCACAGACCCGGAAUUUUUCGACGACGGCUUCCAAGUUGCAACAAACUGCUGCCGUUUCCUCGAACUUUGAGGAGGUUCUCAAACCCUGGCAGCGAACGCCGGUUUGGUCGUGCAACGAGUGGGACUCCCUGGAGGAGGUGAUAGUCGGGAGGAUAGACAAUGCCGUCUGGCCUACUAUGGGCCCGGAAAUCAAGGCGUUGUAUAAUACAAUGGCGUCAUGGCCCCUCUUCCAAAAGUAUGCUGGUCAGCCAUUCCCAAAGAAAUUUAUGGAUGAAGCAGAGAAAGAGAUAAAUGAAUUUGUUCAUAUUCUUGAGCAAGAAGGGGUUAAAGUGCGGCGUCCUGAUGUGGUGGAUCAUGGGAAGACUUACGAGACACCGGAUUUUAAGGCAUCGGGCUUUUAUUCUGCAAUGCCACGUGACAUCCUGAUGGUGGUCGGGGACGAGAUUAUCGAAGCUCCUAUGGCAUGGCGAUCGCGUUUCUUCGAAUACCGAGCCUAUCGGACAUUGAUGAAGGAGUAUUUCAGAGGCGGUGCCCAGUGGACCACUGCUCCUAAACCCCUAAUGUCCGAUGAGUUAUUUGACAAGAAUUGGGUGGAAAGUCAAGGACUCGGAACUCUAGAAAAAUUUGUCACAACAGAGUUUGAACCAUGUUUUGAUGCAGCUGAUUUCAUGCGCGCAGGAAGAGACAUCUUUGCACAGAAAAGUAUGAUGACAAACGACAUGGGAAUAGACUGGGUAGAGCGCCACCUGGCGCCGAAAGGUAUUCGCAUUCAUCGUCUAGAGUUCAACGAUCUCAACCCAAUGCAUAUAGAUGCCACGUUCUCGAUAAUCGGACCAGGUUUAGCUAUUUUGAACCCUGAUCAUUCGUUCCGCAGAAAGGAGCACAAGGAGAUGUUUGAUCGUGCGGGUUGGAAGAUAGUCGAAGCUGCCAGGCCAGUCAUGAAAGGACAUCCUCUGUGGUUCUCCUCAAACUGGUUGUCAAUGAACACGUUGAUGCUAGAUGAGAAGAGAGUGAUCUGCGGUAAGGAAGAAGUACCAACUCAGAAAAUGUUCGCGAAGUUAGGAAUCAAAUGCAUCACUCUUGACAUCACACAUGCGAACUACUUCGGCGGGGGCUUCCAUUGUUGGACCUGUGACGUCAGGCGCAGGGGAGUGAUGGAGUCGUAUUUUGAUUUAUACAUGUAAAUGUCUUACGACAAAACAAGGUCGAGAAUUCA